GUACUUGAGCCAAAAGUUAUUGCGUGGUUCCGUCAGAUUUUACACUUCAAAAUGCAUUUAACUCAACAGUUAGAGCUGUUUCCUGAUCAUUUUGUAACGCAGCUGCUCUUUAAAGAUGUCAAAAAUGCCGCGGAAUUGAAGAAAAAAGCAAUGGAAGGGCAAAUAAGCGGCGCGUUGAUCAAUGCAUCGAUGGUACUGGAUCCCUUCCAGCUACUGGUGGCUACAAACAAAGCGAUUCACUUACAGAAAACAGGAAAGAUGAAGACAAGAAGCCUAUACUCAGAAAUCAUUUUCAAUCUUUCACCCACAAACAACAUCUCAGAGGCAUUCAAAAGGUUUGGGAUCUCAGACCAUGACAAUGCUGUUCAUAUUGUGCUGGUUCACACCAAGGAGGAGGAUCACAAUAUUGAUAGCAUUCUGUCCAAGGUAGAGGGACAACAGAUUCCAAUCAGUCAGAUGUCGAUGCUUAGUGAUACUGCCAAGAUCAGAAAGCUGUAUAAAGUCACAUCUCAGGAGGAAAAAUGUGGGAGUCUACUGGAUUCUGUCAUUUGCAGGAUGGCCAUCAAAGAUGUUUUGUAGUACACUUGCAAGAUAUAGGUUGUUUUUUACAGAAAAUAAAGCUCUAAUUGUUGUG